UGUCUGCGCUCCUGAUUGCACAGUGUCACUCGUUGCUUACAGUUGUUAAUGAAUUAACAAAAUGUCAUCUCCACCAAAGGUUUCGUUAUACGUAGGGUGUAUGAAUGCGAUCUAUACCGUCGCUCAUAUAUUGAUGGGUGGAGCAGUUUUUCUUACAUUUGCGUUAGCAGAUUUAAAUGAAAAUGCAUUAUAUAAAGCACACGCUUGUACGACUAUAAUUGGGGUCACACUACUUUGCAGUCAAGCGGUAUUGUCAGUUAACCCUUAUGUUGGAUUCGAAGACAAUUUUAUGUACCCACACAAGUCGAAAACUUACUGGCUCAUUCAAAUACUUGGCUCUGCGUUAGUACUAAGUGGAGCUUGUAUCGGUAUAGCGUCGGUUGGUGAAACUGUUUCUGCUAUCGAUGAUUUUCCGUUUCCCAUACCAGGCUUACCAGGCGUAAGCGUCAAGCACUUGCAAACUGAUCAUGGAAUUAUAGGUUUCUUAGUGUUGCUGUUGGCUGCCGUGACUUUGGUAGGUGCUAUUGCAAACUUAGUGAUUGCAGAAAGACUAAAAAGUUUUAUGAAGAUUUUGUACAUGCUUCUAGGAACUGGCACUAUAAUACUGGCCUAUAUAGCUGUCUGUAUUAAGUUUGGCGAUUAUAAUAAGACAUUAUCGUUAUUUGGUGAUGAAAUUGCAAUUUUGUCUUUGGGUAUAAGUUUUUCUGUCCUAUCAUUUGGCGCAUUGUUGGUCAUGAUGGGUGGUCGAGUUUUCGUGACUCGUAGUAUUCAGUUUUAAGUAUAACUAAGUAUUAUCAAUUAGAAUAUUUCUCACUAAUAAUUCCGAUCAAUCGUCAGUUACAUAAUGUAAAUUUUCCAACAUUUUUCAUUAUUUUCUUAAUGAUGACACUAUAUAUUAUCAAAACUUGUUAGUUUAGUCAAUUAUACCAUAAAUUUAUUUUAUUCUAUAAGGCAUAAAAUAUUCUUGAAUGUCCAGGAUAUCAUUUUUGCUCGAUAACAGUGAGACGUAUUAAAUUAAGCCUGACGUCACUACACCUUGCUUGAAGCUCAUGAAUACGAAUCCCGGAGUAACUUGAAUCUAAUAGAGCUUUUCUUGUGUAGAUCGCAUGAAGGAACCGUAUAUUUCAAUUUAUUAAUCGGCAAAUUUGUAUCUAUAUUUUUUGAAUAUGUAAAGUGUCGUCUCCUGUAUUUUUUAUUUUAUUUAAGUUGUUAAAGUACCUACAAAAAAAUUCAAAGUAACUUUAUUUGUAGAUCUUUUUGAAUAAACAUUUUCAAAUGUUAAAAUAAACUUAUAAACCGGA